AUGACUGCAUGUAUUCGACUACGCGCUCUUCGAAUCGACCGGCGAAGCCCAGGACUGGUCCGGGCAUUCUCAUCGUCCCUUUCUAGAGACGACAAUGCCACAGCGUCCUUCACACCAGCCCCUCGCCUCUCCGGCCGACGAUGCAUGAUCACUGGCGGGACAUCGGGAAUUGGAUUCGCGAUUGCAGCGCGCUUUCUACAAGAGGGUGCGGCGACAGUUACUCUUGUGGGCCGAUCGCAGAAACGUCUGCUGGAGGCAGCGGAGCGCUUGGGAUCCUCGAAUGGCACGGCACCAGAGAGAAGUGAGGAGAACGGCGAGGUCGCAACUCGGGCUCCGGAGGAGGAUAGCCAAGAAGAUUCUUUCGUUGGCAGUAACGGCACGCUCCAAGUCUCUGAUCGGAUUCGACUGCUUGUUGGGGACAUUUCAGAGACAGGAUCAUGGAUGCGCGAACUAGAGAGCGAGAUGGGCAACAUCGACAUCCUCAUCAACGCAGCAGGGAUCUCCACCUCCAGCAUCCUCCCCAGAACAGAACUCUCCGAUAUAUCCCGAAUUCUGCGCACCAACCUCGAAGGCGCAAUCCUCACCUCGCGCGCAUUUCUGCGCGCCUCCAUCCGCAGCCGAGUGCGCAGCAACCGUAACGACCCAACAGAGACCAAGAAACCGGCCUCAAAAUGUAUAAUUAACGUCUCCUCCCUCCUUGCACUGAAGAGCGGAACCGGCGCCGUGCCGUACGCGGCAUCCAAAGCGGGUCUUCUGGGUCUCACGCGCUCAGUAGCUGUCGAGACGUCGGCGUCGUUGAAGGACCUGGCUUUUCGCUCUAAUGCUAUUGUGCCGGGGUAUAUUGAUACCCCGAUGCUUGCUGAUUUCACACCCGGAGAAAUCUCCCGACUCAAGGAUCUCAUCCCCCUGCAUCGAUUCGGGGAUCCGUCCGAGGUGGCGGACGCGGCGGUUUUCCUGGCGCAGAAUGAGUAUGCCAAUAAUUGUGUGCUCAACCUGGACGGGGGGCUGAGUGCUGUGUGA